GCACAUUUCGCACAUACUCAUUCGCUGGUAGGACGUCAUCGAGACUAGACGCGGUGUGCCACUUUCGGUGGUUGUUCGGUGUUAUAGUUGGUGUCAUGGUUAGCGAACGGCUAAUUGUUGUAGCCAGCGAAAGCUUGUUUUAAACGGUGAAGUUCGAACUUGAUUGCGGAAUAAUUUGCGCACCGAGAAUGUGACGACGACGAACAGCAGCAGCAGAGCGACUGGCUAGCUAGUGAAACAACCUGUUUGAAAUUUCAACUUUGAUUAGGUGAAACCACGUGUAGUCACAAUUGGUGUUUUGUUUGCUUCCUGGAUUCCCGGUUCGCUGAUAACAAACCGGCGGGGGUCCUUCAUCAAUUAUUCAUUAAAGACGACCAACAAAACAACACAGCAUCUCGUGAAUUAUUUGCCUAGUCAGCACUAACAAAAUCAAUUUUUAACAGUUCAUCGGUUUAAAGUGUUUUGCAGUGCAGAAAACGCAGAGGAAGAAGAGCUUGGUAAAAUAUUAAACACAGUGUCGAGAAACAAGCUUAAUAACCGUGUUAGCUUUUUGCAAACAACAACGUGAGAAGGCAGCCAAGGCUUAUACAUACAAAGCUCCCUUAGCGCUAUACUUAUGUAAGGCGUCGUCAACAAGCCCCUGCAAAAUACUCACACUCAGCGCGACGCCCGAUACAGAUCCACGCCAGCGACCAUUCAGGAUUGUUUACCAUGGCGUCGUCAUCUUUGGUGCGGUUGAAGCUGCGGCGGCUGCCGGCGCUACUUUUUUUGCUACCGAUGCUUUUGACCUUCACACAGUGGACUAUUCAACAGGUCAAUGCUCAGUUUUCCGUGGAUCAGAUGCGAGUGGUGUCCAAGUCCAACAAUGACACCCACUUCCGACAGGCGCUGAAGCAAAUCCUCAAGCCCCGCAUUGUUGGCACCGCUAGUCAUGACGAAGUUAAGCGCUAUCUGGUGCAGGAACUACAACGGCUACAGUUCGACGUCCAACUAGACGAGUUUAACGAUAAAACGCCUCAUUUCGGAAGACUCAAGUUCACGAAUAUAAUUGCCAAGUUGAAUCCAGCCGCUGAUAAGUACCUCACCCUGGCGUGUCAUUACGAUAGUAAGUAUUUCCGAGAGCACGCGUUUGUUGGAGCGAUAGAUUCGGCCGUGCCCUGUGCCAUGAUGUUGAAUUUAGCCAAAACAACCGAAUCGGCACUCGAUUUGCUCAGGAACAACACAGAUCUCAGCUUGAUGUUGGUCUUUUUCGACGGCGAGGAAGCCUUCCGAAAGUGGUCCGCUACGGAUUCGCUGUACGGAUCGCGCCAUCUUGCAAAGAAAUGGACCACAAAUCCGUACGUAGCUCGAUCGGGGAAAUCAAUGCGAGAGAUCGACCGGGUCCAACUUAUGGUGCUGCUCGAUCUGAUUGGAGGCGAAAAUCCCAAGUUCUACAGCUUCUUCGACAAUACCAAGAAUUAUCACAAAAGGUUAAGCGCCAUUGAGUCGUCAUUAAGGAGCAAUAGGCUACUUCUGAAAGACCCCAAGGGUAGCGAGAUAUUCGUGGAUAGAAAAAGCUCAAGCAGAAUUGAGGAUGACCAUCUUCCAUUUUUGAAGAGAAAUAUUCCCAUCCUCCACAUGAUUCCGAUUCCAUUUCCUGCUCAGUGGCACAAACCGGAAGACACAGAAGCGAACGUGAACUUCCGCUCGGUAGCCAACAUCAACAUGAUCAUGCGGGUUUUCAUGCUGGAAUAUUUAACCUUUUGCAACAGCCAGUACGGCGAACCGCUUGGCACCUGUUUGAACUAAACGUGGCACUUGCUUCACUUUAAACUUCUACCUGAUGUUUAAAAAUAAAAACAAAUACCAACGCUUCAUGCAUACGUCUAACGUGAGUGUGACACAACGCCAGAGACGAGAAUGUGAUUGUACGAGAUCUACAAAGGAUAUUUUAUUGCCUAACCUGUGCACUAUUUAAAUCAGAGCAUUUAUGAAUAAAGUAAUAUUUUACCAAAUCGA